GCUUUGAUGACUAAUUAUUAACUGGUUCAGAAGAACAAGGUUCUACUCUGCUCUGCUUUGUGAAUUAAUUCCUGCAAAAUGUGUCUCAGGUCUCUUGGAUUUGUCCUGAUUUUAUUUCCUGGAGUGCUUCUCGCACAGCGCUGUGACGCUCCCAGGCUUCAUGGUUAUUUUAUCCCCGAACAAGAGACUUACUCUGACAGAACCAUGAUCACUUAUUCCUGUGAUAACGGAUAUAAACCUGUAGUGGAGGGUUGGUGGGCAACCAGUACCUGUGAACAUGGGCAAUGGUCUCAUGAACCACAAUGCAUAGAUGAAAGCAGCUGCCUUCCACCAACUAUUCCCAAUGGAAAGUACCCUGAAAACUCAAACAGCUGGUAUGAGGAUGGAAGUACACUAACGAUAACAUGCGAUGGAGGAUUUGAGCACCAAAACCAGAUCAACACCACUACCUGUGGAAAUGGAAAAUGGUCCUCUGCACCAGUCUGUGAGAGAAGUAUGAGUGCAUGCAGUGCACCUCCUAAAAUCCCCCAUGCAGUCAUCAUUCAUGGAUACCAGGAAGUGUUUGCAGCAGGUUCAGAAGUGCAGUAUGAGUGUGAAGACAGAUACACUGCACACACCGAGAAAUCUGUUUGUAUACAGGGAAACUGGACAGCAGUGCCAACAUGCAAGAUUGAAACCAGACCAGGUGGUGAACAUAAUGAAUCAACAGUUACAGAAACAGGAGACGGCAGUGUGAUACAGCCAGGACAUGGAGGAUCUUCAAAUGAGAGAGACACACGUCUUCGUUAUACAACAAUUCAAAGUUGCGGAAACUUCCCUGUUAUUGAAAAUGCUGUUGCUCAGCAAACUUCACGAUACUAUUUGAUAUACCGAUGCCAACGUUUGUACAGAUUAGUGGGUCCAGAAAGAGUGAAGUGUAUCAGCAGUGGCACGUGGUCAAACUUACCUGAGUGCAGAGCUAACUUCUGUGCUGUCAACACCAAUGACAAUCCUGCAUACAUAUCUGUGGGAACUGUGCACAUAGAAAAUGGUGAGGAAGAGAGAGUGGAGUGUGUGAAACCACACAGCUGGUCGUUAGAACAUUAUUCUAAGGUUCGAUGCAUCAAUGGAAGAGUGGAGGCAACUGAAUGUUGUAACUGGGCAGAGCAUGCAGCGGGAUUGUGUGACUAAACCUGUAGCUGAGGAUUUGCUCACCACUUUGGAGCUUUUACAGGAGGAACCUGACUUAUGAUCGUAUCGUCACAGCCUGUGUUAGCUUUUCAUUUUCAUCUUCAAAAAUUUAAGAGAAAAUGGUUUGUGUGCUCUUAUUUGAGACACAAACACCACCAAACUGAAUAAAGUCUCAGAUUUUACCAUCAAAACUGC